UAACUUCAUGUUUUCGUUUCUAUUCUGGUGUCGGGGUUAUUGUAACAGUGAAUCGUUUCCAUUUGGCACAAAGAUAAGCAUGUUAAAAGGUCACUGUGCACACGAUUCCUUGCACAUUUUUGCAUUGACUGCUAAACAGAAAUGUGUCUCUUAAGGAUGAGAGUCCUUAUCUUCACAAGUUUGGGAUUAUUAUUUACGCCUGUUGUCACUGGAUCCCCGUCUUGUCCCCAUGGUUGGUAUCAACAUGGAUCCUCGUGCUAUGUAUUCAUUGAUGGCGUCCUACACAGCUGGACUGAAGCCAUGUCGUUUUGUAAGGGACUCUCUGCUAAACUGGUGGAAAUAGAGACACGGGAUGAAAAUGAUUUCCUGCAGCAGCAUCUACAAAACAUGGUACAUAGUCAUAACUACUGGAUUGGUUUAACAGACGCGAUUGUUGAAAAUGAAUGGUUAUGGAUUUCUACUCAGAAAGAAGCUCAAUUCACUAACUGGGGUCUCUUCCAGCCUGAUAAUGCCCAAAACAUGGAGGACUGUGCUGACAUUGCGUCUUUCUUUCCACACGGCGUCUGGAAUGAUGAAGAUUGUGACGCCAAGCUUCAUUUCAUUUGCGAAAAAGAAUUGAAAAGUACACCACCAUUUCCAGUUGGAAAUCUUGUUGGUUAA